CCUGCCCUCCUUGGUCAGCCCCACACUGCCCUGCGCCAUGAAGGGCUUCGCGGCCGCCUGGCUGGCCUGGGCCCUGCUCUCGCCCUGCGGCGGCACGGCCUGGCCCACGCACACAGCCUGCAGGGAAGGGGGCUUGGAGGUGCUCUACCAGAGCUGCGAUCCAUUACAAGAUUUUGGCUUUUCUGCUGACCAGUGUUCCAAACAAUUAAAACCAAAUCUGAAUGUUAGAUUUGGACUCAUUCUGAGAGAGGACAUGAAGGAGCUGUUUCUCAACGUAGCUCUCAUCAAUAAAGGAUCGUCUGUUUUCGAUUACUCCUAUCCCGUCUGUGAAAGGGAUCAACCCAAGUUCAGUUUCUGUGGAAGAAGGAAAGGGGAGCAGUUUUACUAUGCUGGCCCUGUCAAUAAUCCUGGAUUUGCAAUUCCUGAGGGAGAAUACCAGGUUAUGCUGAAACUGUACAAUGAAAAUGGUUCCACUCUAGCUUGUGCCAAUGCAACUGUGAUUUGCUCCUGACUGGGUACUGCAGCUCAGAAGCUCGACCAGCUCCAUCCCGUGGGAACUCGGAGCUCCUCAGACUGAACCUGCUGUGUAAAAAGAACCAGCCAAUGAAAGAAAGAAGCUGUACAAAGGAGCCUCACCCAAGAGCUCAGGUGCUAAUUUAAGCUCCAGGACCAUAUGUCCCCAGAUUCCACAGAUAUAACUAAGAUGUUAAUGAUCUGCUCUAAUGAGCCUUGUGCUCGUCACUAAGCUGUCCUGAAGGUCAAGCUUUCUUCUCUAAUUGGUCACUUCACAGCGUCUCACCUGCAUUUCAGAUCCUCGGGGGCCCUUCUUGGCAGUUACUGAGAAUAAAGAAAGCUAGCCCAUGGUCGUCAGUCA